AUGGCGUAUUUCGUGCCCCAUGCCGGUGUUUUCCAGGGCAAGCGCCGAGGAUUCCUCUACGAUUCGAUUCGUGCGCAGCAGCAGCAGCACGAGAUUGCGCUCCCCGCCUCGGAGGAUGUGGAAUUCAGCGAGAUCGAGAUCGCGCGCUACUCGGAGCUUCUCCGGCAAUGUAGCCGGACGAGGAACCUCGCGCAAGGUAAGCGCAUCCACUCCCAGCUCCGGGAGAGGGAGCAGGACCAGGGCACGUUUCUGGGAAAUCUUACAGUCCAGAUGUAUGGCAAAUGCGGGCAUUUGGACGACGCUCGCGCGGUGUUCGACAGAAUCCUCGAGAAGAAUCUCUACUCGUGGAGCAUCAUGAUCGCAGCCUACGUAGAGAAUGGGGAUUCCUGGCAGGCGCUGGGGAUCUUCCGGUGGAUGCAGCUGGAAGGGACCAAGCCGGACGAAGUGACGAUCAUAAGCUUGCUGCGAGCGUGCUGCGCGGUGAAAUCUCUGGCCGAAGGGGAGAAGCUCCACUCCGCGGUGCUGGAUUUGGAUCUAGAGCUCAACGCCAAGAUCGAGAACUCUCUCAUCGCGCUCUACGGCAAGUGUGGCAACAUCCAGUACGCGCGCUGGGUGUUUGACACCAUGGAGAAGAGGGACGUGGUUUCAUGGAACUCCAUCAUCGGAGCUUAUGCCCAGCUCGGGCAUCUCAAGCAGGCAGUGGAGCUCUACGUGGAGAUGCUCGAGCAGGGUCUCGAGGGCGACAGGAUCACCUUCGCCACCAUCUUCGGUGCUUGCUCCAAGAUCCAGGGGCUGGAAGAAGGGAAGAAUCUCCACGAGAAGCUCCAGGAGCUCGGGCUGGAUCUAAACGCCGUGGGAACUUCGCUCAUCAGCAUGUAUGGGCAGUGUGGAAGCGUGGAAGACGCGAGGCGGGUCUUCAACUCGAUGAAACACCGCAGCCCUGCGGUGUGGAACUCGAUGGUAGCGGCUUACUCCCAGAACGGCUACACGAAGAAGGCGCUCGAGCUCUACUGGAAGAUGGAAUUUGUAGGCGUGGAGAGGACCGAGAUCACGUAUGUUUCGGCUCUAGCAGCGUGUGCCAAGGCUGGUUUGCUCGAAGACGGACGAGAGAUCCAUGGUCACGUCGUCGUGAGCGGGCUUGAAUCCAGCGAAAGCAUCGGGGCGGGGCUGAUCAACAUGUAUAGCAAGUGUGGAAGUCUCGACAGCGCAAAGGCCGUCUUCGAAAGAGCUCCAUCCGAUAGUCUUCUCUUCUGGACGAGCAUGCUCUCGGCGUUCUCUCGGCACGGCCAGCUCAAGCAGGCACUGGUGAUCUUCCGGAGAAUGGACUUGGAAGGUAUCAAGCUGGAUCACGUCGCUCUAGCCGCGGCUCUCGGUGCCUGCUCGAGCCUCCCGGAGGUGAAUUCGCUCGACCGGCGAGCUUACUAUCUGGGAUACAGCAGCAGCUCCGCCGACGUCGCAAACUCGCUCAUCACUUCUUACGGGAGGUGUGGAAGCUUGGGCGAUGCCAGGAGAGUUUUCGAGGGGAUCCGGAGGAAGAACGUCGUGACAUGGACGACGAUGAUCACGGCGUGUGCUCGCAACGACAGCGCUCGAGAGGCGAUCGAUCUGUUCCGGAAGAUGGAGGAGACGGGGACGAGAGCCAACGAGGUGACUUACGUCGCUGUUCUAGCGGCCUGCUCGAACAUCAGGGACUUGGAUCGGGGGAAAGAAAUCCACGUCCAGGCCGUGGAGAAGAAGCUCGAUACGAACGUCAUCGUCGGGAACUCGCUCGUCCAGAUGUAUGGGAGCUGUGGCUGCUGCGCGGAGGCGAGAGAGGCUUUCGACAAGAUCGCGGUGAAGAACGCUGUGUCCUGGAGCGUGAUCGUGAGCGCGCUUUCCCAGAACGGGCGUGUGGAAGAGGCCAUUAGAUUUGCGAGAAGGAUGCUUCUCCAGGGAUUGAGAGACGCGAAGCUUGGCACCACCAUAGCCAAGGUUUUCGACGCUUGCGAAGGAGAGAAGGAGAAGCAAUGGUGUGUUAUAUUGAUGGAAGCUUUGUAAAGCUUUAAAGGUAAAAGGAAAGAUUAAUUAAGGGCUAAAGUAAGCCCAAAGA